AUGCCGUAUAACAUCCUGCACUCCGACCUCGUGCGCGACUCGAAGCUCGAGACCGAAGUUCUCGCGUCCUGCCUGCAGCAUGUCUUUUACGACACGGGCCAGUCGGCGCACGAGCGCCGCGUGCGCCGCGAGGAGCGCUGGGUCCGCAAGACCUUUAUCGGACGAGGGGCAUACGGCAGCGUGUACCUGGAAGAGUGCGACCCUGGCCAAGGGGACAAGAAGUUGAGAGCCGUCAAGGAGAUCAAGAAAUCAGUCGCCCCGGGAGAUGAUUUGGACUAUACCCGAGAACUGGAGGCGGUGGCCAAGUUCUCUCAUCCGAAUUAUUGGCAUUGUUUUGUUCGUUCUCACGGCUGGUUCGAGCUCGACGACUCGGUCUUCAUCACGAUGGAAUACCUUGAACAUGGCGACCUGGAGCAGCACCUCAAAAGCCCGCUGCCUGAGGUCGAGGCGAGACAGAUCACAGGGCAAGUCCUCGAGGGCCUUAGCUUCAUGCACCAAAACGGCUUCAUUCAUCGGGACCUGAAGCCAGGGAACAUCAUGGUCGUCACGGUCGGACCGGGUUGGUUCGUCAAAAUUACGGACUUUGGCAUCAGCAAGCGCCGCCACCAGGGCGUGACGACACUGCUCACGCUGCAGCGCGGCACGUUCGGGUACGCCGCCCCCGAGGCUCUCGGCUUCAACGAGGGUGAGGUCUACACGUCGUCAGUCGACAUGUGGUCCCUAGGGGCGGUAGGCUACCGGAUGCUCACCGGGACCUUGGCGUUCCCUGGCCCGCUCGAUUUGUUCAGUUACUACAAGGGCCUCCAAAAGUUUCCCAUGGCCAGCUUGGAGACUAAUGGCAUCUCACAAGAAGGGAAGGAGUUCAUCACCAAGCUUGUCAACCCCGAUCCGAAAGGCCGCCUCACAGCGAAAAUGGCAGUUCAGCACCCAUGGAUGACGAUACAGCUAUCGUCAUCAGCGGGGAAUUCCACCUCAGGUGAAAGUGAAGUUGUCGACGAGAUUGUCACCUGCGACGAAUGUGGCUCUAAAUUCGACUUAUUCACGGACCCGGUAGAGUGUCUCCCCUGCAAGCACUAUAUGUGCCACGACUGCCUGCUGGGGCUGGUGGCGCUCUCCCUCGUCUCGCCCAAGUACAUGCCCCCACGGUGCUGCGACGACCCGGCUGGCCUGGGCGAGAUCAACCCGCUGGCGAUCCCAGAACUCGACCUCGACUUCGAGGUGAAGGACGUAUUCACUGAGUUGCGGAAUUUCGCCGCACUGUCACGAACCAAGGACUGGCAAUGGCGCUGUCCCAUGGGACAUCCGACCGAGGACGGCUCGCUCCUCGUGUCUACUGGGUGGACCCCCGUCUGGAAGACGCCGAUGAACUGCAGCCUAUGCGUCGUCAGUACGACUUUGCCCAUCCGGGAGGACCUGAAGUAUCGAGAAGGACAACGAUAUCAGGGGUACUGCCUCUUUUGCUGCGAGAGGGCCAAUAUUCUCGAGUGCGGCUGCAUCGAGUACUUUAAACUGGUUACAGACAGCUUCGUGAAUAGCCUCCGGAGGCGGGACGCACUUAGCCAGACACUAGCCAACAAGAUAAAGCUCGGCUGCGAGGCGAGAGACAAGAUCCUGGCGGGCGAGUAUAUGCAGUAUCGGGCGUGGGAGGACGUGCCGUGGUGCUGCGAGCUGCCUCCCCUUAAGCCCCUCGUCGACAGAACGCUGCGUGGCCUUGGCGGCACGGCCGCGGGAGGGUAUCUCACGUGGAGGGAAACGCCGCCUCGCUCACAGGAGGACAGGUUCUCCUGCUGUCGCGGAUUCCGCAGCCAGGACAGGAUGCUCCGGGGACUGGACAACUGGGAAGUCGACGACUGGAUGAGCCAGCUUCCGGGUGACCUCGACAUCAUACAGUCAGACAUGCCGUCGUGGAGUGACGAAUACCUGUCCUUAACGGACGACUCGGAACAGAGCGUGGCGCCCAAUGAGGAUUGGCAGCAAAGUCGAUCGGACAGGAUAAAGGAGCGCGAGCGUCUCAAGGCCGAGCGCCUAAUGGAGAUGCGCGCAACCGCCGCAGGCCUAAUGGGCGAGCGCUACCAGGACUGGCAGCCCAAUCGAUCGGACAACACCAGGGGCCGCCCGCUACCUGAGCGCCCAAGGGCCGAGCCCUACGAGGACUUGACGCCCCGGAGCAGAUAUGCACCAGCCCCAAGACGGCGGGUGAAGGUCGCCCCUGCGUACACCGCCGACGACGUCCAGUAUUCGUACGGCUCCACACCAAUUCCUUCCCAAGGGCCCCCAGCAAGGUGGCCGUCACCACAUGCACCAUAUCCCGAAUACAUGUAA